AUGAGCGAGGAGUGCGCGAACCCCCUGCUACUGGGGUGGAUCAAAGAAUGGCUCGACCAAGCCCGCGAGCGCAACAGCAAAGGCGUGACAGUUUACAAAAAGGCCUAUGAGUCGAUGAAGGCGUGUCCGCUGGCCUUUGACCAUCCGUCCCAGGCGCAACAACUGAACGGACUGGGUCCAAAACUAUGUGACAGGCUGACAGAGAAGCUCAAGGCCUAUUGCCAGGAAAGUGGCCUUCCCAUGCCCGAGCUUCCGGGUCAAGCGAAUAAGAGAACAUCCGAUACCGGUGUGGCCGGUGAUCAACCAACCAAGAAGCCUCGGAAAACAAAGCCAUACGUGCCUGCACUGCGAUCUGGGCCCUAUGCACUUCUACUGGGAUUGGCCACAUUGGGCGAGGAUAGCUCACAGAGUAUGACAAAGGCUCAGCUGAUUGAGGUGGCCCAGCCUUACUGUGACAGCUCCUUCACGGCGCCAACGGACCCGACUAAAUUCUAUACGGCAUGGAACUCCAUGAAAACACUGGUCCAGAAAGACCUCGUGUACGAGCACGGACGACCGCUGCGCAAGUAUGCUCUUUCGGAGGAUGGAUGGGAGGUCGCAAAACGGAUACAAAAGACACUACCGGGUUCUGUCCAGAAUAUGACGUCCUUCGCAGGCAAUCAAGCCUCAGACCAGACUUCCGCAUUACAAACAUCACGCGCCGGUGUCGCUGCCGAUCCGGUAUCUCCAGAAGACGACGACGACUUGGCAAUUCUGCACCCCGUGAGUGCCCAUCAUGGCCAAUCUGCAGAAGACGAAGGCCCAAUCCUCCCCAUCACCCUUCCACCAGGGAGCUUCACAAUCCAACUUGUCCUCGACACCCGAGAAGUGCGCACCUCAACAGAUCGGGACUACAUCGCCAACGAACUCAUGAAGCAAGGAAUCACUCCCCAAGUACGCGCUCUGGAACUAGGCGACGCAAUGUGGGUAGCCAAAUGCCGCGACCCGUCGUUCCUAGCUCGACACGGCGAGGAAGGCAACGAGGUGAUGCUGGACUGGAUUAUUGAGCGGAAGCGGCUGGACGAUUUGAUCGGGUCCAUCAAAGACGGCCGGUUCCACGAACAGAAGUUCCGGCUACGUCGUUCUGGCAUGAAGAAUGUUAUUUAUCUGGUUGAGGAGUUCACAGUCACGCAUCCCGACGCGGGGAGUGGGAGCGCCAUGAAAUAUCAAGAGAUGGUUGCGUCGGCGAUUGCCUCGACGCAGGUAGUGAAUGGGUACUUCAUGAAGAAGACGCGCAACCUCGACGAUUCGAUUCGAUAUCUGGCCCGGAUGACGCUGCUUCUACGGCAGAUGUACGGAGCAUCCGAAGACGCCAAUCCCACCACCACCAGUAGUCCAGCUUCAUCCACACCGAUCAGCCUCAUUCCCAGCCGCCGCAUCUCCUCCACACAGUCCUAUCUCACCAUCCUCGACACACUCCGCGCCCAAGACCCUGCUCUCACCUACGGCGUGACAUUCUCCACAUUCUCAGCUCUCACCUCCAAAUCCGACGUCCUGUCUCUCCGUGAUAUCUUCUUGAAGAUGCUCAUGUGCACGCGUGGUGUAACAGGCGAGAAGGCACUCGAGAUGCAGAAACGGUGGAAGACACCACGGGAGUUGGUGGAGGCGUAUAUGGCGCUGGAACCAAAGGACCGCGAGGUGAUGGUGUCGAGCCAGAUGCAGACGCUGGUCGGGAGGAAGAAGGUUGCGCGAGCGUUGAGUAAGAAGAUCGCGGAGGUUUGGGGGGAGGCUGGAUGA